AUGAAGUUCUUCCCUUGGAUCGCGCUUAGUCUGAUUGUGUUGAUCUGUAUCGUGGUACAGCUGGGUAGCGCCCUGCCACGAAGAUCCUGCCACAGUAGGGAUGGAUAUCCACAUGAAAAGUGCUGCAACGAGUGUCCUGGCUGUAGACAUCACUUUGACGUGGAAGCCCCAAAAGAUCCAGAUUGUCGGAAACUUCGCAACUACCACUACGAUGUGGAAAAGUUUACGGAUUGCCAUAAAGAAACCUACGAUCGGCUAGAUGCAGCAGUUGAGGUGCUGCCAGAGCGCGGUUGCAGAAAAUCCUACCAUUAUCAUUAUGACGUUGACAAACCGUGCUGCUGUGAAGAUGAUAGCUAUGAAACUUACGAUUUUGAGGUGUUGGAACCGAAAAAGAAGCACCGGUGUUCGAAGGUGAAGCUACAGGCAUAUGCGGAUCAUCCCGUUCGUGCAUGUCAGUGCGACUGCCAUAACAGACGGUAUGUGCUAAAUAAGGCAAACGCUAACCAUUUCAAUAGCUCAGCAUCUGAAACGUUUGCGAACGAUAGUGGUCGACAUAAUGAAAUUUCGAGGCUAAGGCGCAGUAUUUUGGACCCAUUGAGAGAUGACAAAUUUACCUUUAGUCUCUGUGAGACUAACCCACGGGAAUUCUUUUAUCAUACACACUUGCCCGAGAGGUCGAACUUCCGGACCAGAAAUAGAUUUUUACGACGACUACCAAACGCACCUCGAUCGAAGCGUAAAGAGUAUGAUUUAGGCUUUGGUACUGAUCGGCAUGGAGGAUUCGUUUGUCAUUGCAUGCCAUCGAAUCAAGCCACUCCUGUCAAAGCGGAAGCAAGCGAGACAGUAGCUGCUCCCAGGAUGUCGAAAAUUGAAAUUGAGCCUGCGGUGUACGUUGGUGACGCCUCGAAUCCAAUAACGUAUGAGCAGAUCAAGAAACAUUUAGAUGCCCUUCCAAGGGAGGAGUACAGUCCGACAACGAACGAUGUAAUCGGUAAUUUGACCGUGCUUUUUUAUGACAUUUAUCAGCAAAAGCACAAGAAAAACUUUACCCUACCCUUAAAGUAUGGUACGCGUACCGUGAUCGAUCAAGGUGAUGGUUUGCAAAAGUAUGACAUUGAACCGAUCGAAGGUGAAUAUAAGCCACCAAAAUUGAAUCGGAUUGCGUCCAAAGGUCUGCGCGUGAUCGGAAGAAAAAUUGAACAGAAAACGGAUCCGAAUGCGGAUCAUCGAAGGAACCGGUUACGGAAAAGAACGUAG